AUUCUAAGGUGGAAUACUACUCGUCACUGUUUUCUGUUGUGUUUUUAGGCUGGAAUCGGGCGAAAAACAUGCCGUUUCGAUAAUCGAAUGAGAAACACAAGGCUUUUAGAAAAAAUUGUUGUAUCCAGGUUUGAGAAAGGUGCUAUAUUGCAAGCGUGUGUGAAUAGUGCAGUUGUAAUUUAAUAAGAGCAGGGGAGGCUGGCGAUUUAAUAGGAUAUUGAUUUGUCCGCGACUGCCUUGCUGGCUCCAUCGCACACUCGAACCAGGUAGCCAUGAACGUCGAUAUUUUUGGGGCACUGCCUGGUGCAACGUGUCGGCCGUACAUAUGCCGUGCUCUAAUGUGCUUGCAGGCCUGAUAAAGCCCAAAAUGCAGCCAGCCAUUGGCGAUAUGUGUUAACAAUAUUAGUCAAAUUACGGGUUACAACAAUUACAUCUAUUACGAUCAUCACGACGGCGACCAAAACGGCAACGACUACAACGAUAACGGCGACGGCGGCGACGGCGGCGACGACGACGACGACGACGACGACGACGACGACGACGACGACGACGACGACGACGACGACGACGACGACGACGGCGGCGGCGGCGGCGGCGACGACGACGGCGACGACGGCGACGACGACGGCGGCGACGGCGACGGCGACGGCGACGACGACGACGACGACGAUCGUAGAAGUGGUAACGAAGGCAGUGGCAGUGACAACCACUACGAUUACGAAGAUAGCAAAAACAACUAGAACGAUAUUCGUGACGGAUACGACGAAAAAGAUAGUAACGGCAGUAACAGCAAAGACGUCAAUUACAAAAAAAAGAAAGUGGUGUUACUACUUCAUUGUGGAUAUUUUACAGAAAUUUUCAUUACAUUAGUUGUGUUCAAUGUAAUAGUUAAAAAGUUAAAUGUAUAAACAAAAUACCUCAGGCAUAAUGGAUACAACAAACAAUGGAGCAUCAGGAGGUGCAGUGGCUUGUCCAGUAUGCACUCUUUAUCUACGUGAGGGUAUUAGCUUACAAAGACAUUUGGACACUCAUCCAAAAGAACAAGUUAUUGAAGCUCUUAUUAAAGCUAGUAAUAAUGCCUCACAAGUGCAUCAGGCACAAUUGUCAUCAUCAGUACCUCCAGCAUCUCCAGCUAUGCAAUCACCCCAAAAUACACCUCAAGUUGCACAGAAUACUCAUCUAUCAGCUCAAUCUCCAUAUCCUAUAGGACCUAUUUUUGAGUGUCCACCUAUUGGUACUGUGAUGCCACCUCAGUUUGCUUCAUUUAGUUAUCAACAGUUUGUAAAUAAUGGCACUAUGAUGAUACCACAAUACGCAAUGGCUCCACAAGCUAAUCAAAUGAUGCAAAUGCUUUAUAAUCCAUAUGGUAUGUACCAGCAGCAACAAAUACCAACUGUUCAAAUGAUUUCACCAGUCACAGCCAUACCUAAUUCAGCUAGAGUCAGGCCAGUAAUGACUAUGGCUGGUGAAACAAAUGGUAGAACUGCCAUUGCUGUACCUGUAAAUAAUUCCGAGCCAAAACAAAUUUUACCUGAGAUUUUACCUGAAUCAGAACAGGAGUCUGAACAAGUGUUACCAGAUAUUAAUCUUCCAGUUUCUCCUCCAUCAUUAAAUGAAGAUAACUCUAUGCAGCAAAAUGAAAGUGAAACUAGUACAAUUCAAAUAGAUCAAGAAGUAGAAGAAUCCCAUAAUUCAAGUACUUCAGAGCAACAUACUGUGCAAAAUGAAUAUGAUAACAUUCCAAGAUCAGUGACAAUUACUUGUAAUGUCAAUGAUACUACAGAUGAUAAAGUUGAGAGUGUAUUGCCAGAUAUAGAUGAUGGAGAAUCAUCAUGUGUUGUUACUACAGAUGUACAAUGUAAAUCUCUUCAUUAUGAAGCAUCAGAAAUACAAGGAUAUGUACACAGAUAUGAAGAUGAUGAUGAUAACAAUAAAAUUAUUACGCCUGAAGUAUCAUCAAUGAUAACUGAAAAUGAGAUUGAAAAAGCAACUAAUGAAAAAGUUCCUCACAGAGAAGAAAUAAAUGAAAAUGAAGGUACCUCUGCAGAAAUGCCCUUAGAAGAUACAGUAAAGGCACCAGCUCAGCGUGAAGUAGAACAAUUAGAACGUCUUUUAAUCACUAUUAUGGAAAAUGAGUUUAAUAAUACACCACAAAAAGAAUCUAAUUCUGAAGAUGAUAAAAAGAAUGAAGGUACAAAGAAAAGUCUUUCUCCUAAAAGAGCAGAAAGUGUAAUUCAUGAAACAAUCAGUAAUAAUUCCAUUGAGCAUGAACAUAGUUGUGAAUCUGAUAUAAAAAUAAAACUUAGUGAAAGUUCAGAAAUUGAUAUAGAUAAUGAUGAAAAUAAAAGUUCUUGUCUUUCAUACCAUUAUAAAAAUAGUUUAUCUGCACCUGCAUCACCAAUUGUACGAAAAAGACCUCAUAGAACUUACUCAGUUCGUUCAGAAUUUAGUUCAAAUGAAAAUCUUAAUUUUUAUCCAAAUAGUUUUGAUGCAAAUACAUUGCAAGAUGAAGAAGAUGAUGAAGAUGAAAAAAAUGAAGCAGAAGAUAAUUUUGAUGAAGCAGAUAUGGAAAUAGAAGAAAUACCUAGCCCUCAUACUCCUUUCAUUAAGUAUGGUGAAAAUGGAGAUAAUGUUAGAUCACAUACUCCAUUAUCUGCAAGUAGUGGUAUAUCUGUAUUAAGAGUUCGAAAGGAUCUUAGUAAACCAUGUUCACCUGCAUCAGUGCAUUCAUUUUGUCAUAUGGAUACUAAUGGUUUAAGUAAUGAUGAAGAUAGUAAUGGAGCAAUGGAUGAAUCACCAGAAAAGGAUCCUAUUGAUUGUUCUCAGGUUGAACAAGAUGUAAAAACUGAUCAUUUGGAACUUUCUAUAUGUGAAAAUGAGAAAAAAAUGGAAGGAAAUUCUGCAUAUCAAUCUGGAAUUACUGAACAUAUAAGUUCAUUUUCUACAAUUCAUUCACAACAUUCUCAGCAAUCAAUAUCAAUGGUGGAUUCAUAUAAUAUGCCAAAUAAAAGUAAUCAUAUAAAUUUAUCAGAAUCUAAUGAUGUUGCAAGUAGUUCUGAUUCAAAAAAUUUUCAUUCAUCUAAAUCAAUUAUACAAAAGCAAUCAAUGGAACUUCUUAGUUUAAACGAAGAUGCCCAUGCAGGUCCAAUGAAUGUAUUUGAAUUUGAUGGGCUUCAAAUCUUAGUUCCUAGUACAUUCAUAAGUGAUUCUUCACAAAAAGCAGUUAGUGGAACUAGCCAACAAUCUAUGGCAAGUAGUGAAGGUGGAGUAGGUGUAGACGAAGAAGUUAAAAGUAUUAAUAUGAGAGCUGAUGAAACUAUGCCACCUAGAGGUGAACUAUCAGAACAAGAAAGCAAUGGAUGUACAGAACAAUCUGCUUGGCAGUUGUAUGCUGGUCAAGAAUCAUCACGAAUGUCAACCUCUUAUGAUUUAAUGGCACGUGAAAGUUGGGAAGAAUCUGAUGGAUCAGAUAAUGAAGUUGCAGGCCCCCUAUUAGAUAGCAGAUCUUUAGCUACACAUUUUACAUCAAGUUUAUUUUUAGAUCGAGAUAGGAAAACUCCUACAAAAAGAAUGUUUAAAUGUUAUCAUUGUCCUGAAGUAUUUGAUUGCCCUAAAGAACGCCGGGUACACAGUACUACCGCGCACAAAGAAGCUGGACCGAGUAGUAGUAGAGAGUCUACAGAUCAACCUGAAGUAAAAGAUAUUAAGUUAUUGGAUGGUCGUAUGAAUGCAUUUGAAGAUAUUUUUGUACCAGGUUUACAUGUUCAACAAGUUUAUCAUCAACAACCAAUGUUACAUCAACUUCAACCACCACAAUCAUCUGAUGUAAUUACAAAAGUAGAAUCUGAUCAAAAAGUUGAAACACUUGUAAUACCAUCAAAUAUUGAAGUGAUUUGCACAGUUUGCAAUCAACGAUUUAGUAGUGAAAAAUCAUUACAACUACAUCAUAGAAGAGUACAUGUUACAGAACCAACAAAGCGAAUCCGUGAGAGCACUAAGUGCCAGAUAUGUCAUGAAGAAUUUCCUUCAGUUUUGUUAUUUAAUGCUCAUUUAAAAAUACACCCAUUAGAAUGUAGCCAAUGUGGAAAGUAUUUUUAUAGGAAACAAAAUUUCAAAUUACACAUGAAACGACAUUUAGGAAUUAAACCAUUUCCAUGUACUGUUUGUGACAAAGCAUUUUUAACAAAACAAAAAUUAGAUGAACAUACUAAUGGUCAUACUGGAAAUGCACCAGUUAAAUGUAAUCUUUGCAAUGAAACGUUUCGUAGAUAUUCAAAUUUGACACAGCACAAAAAUAGACAUCAUUUGAAUAUAAAGAAAAAAUUAAAAGAUUACAUAUGUCAUUGUGGUGAGGUUUUUCAUACAAAAAAAAAGUUAGCUUGGCAUAAAGAAACACAUGAUGAAAAACCUAAAGCAUGUACAUAUUGUAAUGAAAGAUUCAUUCACAUGGCCAGCCUGACUAGACAUAUGCGUCGAGCUCAUAAUAAAAGAUUCGUUCCAGAUGCUCAAAGAGAGAACGAAAAUGUUGAAUGUCCCGUAUGUAAGUGUAUUUAUUUGCGAUCUUCCUUAGCAGUGCAUAUGCGAGUUCAUAAUGGUGAAAGACCUUAUGAAUGUCAAGUUUGCUCUAAAACAUUUAGUACUAAGUGGAACUUACAAUUGCACAAAUGGACUCACGCUGCCCGUAGCACCAAACCUUUUAAGUGUAAUCAGUGUAGUGGUGCAUUUUACCGACACAGUGAUUAUACUGCUCAUAUGAAUUCUCACAGAAAUGUGCGUCCUUAUACUUGUAAUUAUUGUGGAGCGCAGUUCAUACGAAAAUAUAAUUGUUUAAGGCACGUAAAAGAACAUGAAGAAAAUAAAGCAUAUACAUGCGAUGUUUGCAACAAAACUUUUCAUAGAUCAUAUUAUCUAAAAGAACAUUUGCGAGUACAUUCAGGUGCCAGACCAUAUACAUGUCAUAUAUGUGGAAAAUCUAGUGGUACAAAAUCCAAUCAUAAUAAACAUGUAAGAAUUCAUCAUGCACGAGAACCUGUAAAUACUGAAAAUUAAAGAACGAACGAGAUUUACUAAGUAUCAAUAUUUUUAAAAAUAUUAUUUUCCAAUACUUUAUCUUAAUCUUUUACUUCUAAUCUCUUUAUGUAUUUAAAUUUUAUUCUUCAUUUGAAAAAUGAAGAAAAUAUUAAUUCAGCACAAAGUGAUGAAAUAAAUAUAAUUUCUAUAUAUUGUAUUUCUUAAUUUUUUUAAAAUCUCGUUCGUUUCUUUUCUUAUUAUUAUUUCUUAGAUAUUUUAAUAUAGACAUUUUAAACUUGGAUUACAACUACUAGUGUUACUAGUAUUCUAUUAGAUAUAAAAGUUUAAUUUGUCUUAUUUAAAAAAAAAAAAACGAUUUUACAUUGAAUUGUGCAUUGUGCAUUGUAUGUUGCACUUCGUAAAUUUUCGUCAUAUAGUCUGCUAAAUACACUGACUGGAGACUGUAACUACUUAAGAUAAUAAGAAAUUUUUAACAAAUAUUAACUGGUACAUGUCUGAAGAUUUGAAUAACUCCCAUAGAGGAAGAUUAUACGAUGAAAUGCUUUUUGCCAACUUACAGUAAUUAACUAUUAGAUAAUAAUAACUAACUGAUCAAUAUUAUGAAAUCAUUAAGCACUUUUAUGUGUUGAUUGUUGUACGAAAUUUUUUUACAAUAACUAUUUUACACAAAACAUGUAUAUUGCGAUUUUAUGUACUGGCAUUAAAUGUGAGAAGGAACUGAAGGGCCAAUAUUUAUUUGCGUUCAAUUUAUAACGCAUAAGGCCUUAUAAAUAAUUAGUGUUAUUAAUUAUCACAAGGUAGUUACGGAUCUUAAUUAUUAUUCUUUUAUAUUUAUAUAUUUUGCAAAAUAUACAAUAAUUUUUAUUGCUAAUUCUAAUUCCAAGACUGAUCGAUGUUGGUUCCUCAUAUUGCUCUCCAAUUAAUUAAGUAUAAUAUAGUGAAACUAUAAUCUUAAAAGAUAAGCAAAAUCGUAUGAAGGAUUAUUUGAAAUUUUUGAUAUAGUGAUACUGUAACAAAUGUAUUAAUAGUUAAUUGUUUUAUAUUUUAAUAUUUGGCAGAUCAUGUAUCAUUUAAUUUCUAGAGAGCAGUAUGAAUGAAGGAGCUAAGAAAUGAAGAAUCUAUUAAAUAUAAUGAAAUUAUAUUGUACUAUAUGAUACAAAUUUUGUUAUGAAACUAAGUUUUCAUAGAUCGUUGCCGUAAUUUAAAUUUCAAAAGAAUUGCAUGAAAUGUUUUUAAUAUAACCAUAUUGUUUCUAUAUUAUACUUUGAGUUACUAUUUUUUACUUGUUAAUAAUUAUUUAACAAAUUAUCUUCUAGAAUUCAUGAUUUUAUUUCUCUUCUGAAAUCGAAGAGAAACCAUGUUUCGUUAAAUAUAAUAAUAUAGUUAAAUAUAAUAAUUUUUCAAUAUCGUCGAUCAAAUAGUAAAACUUAUUUGCAUGUAUGACCAACAUCGACGUCCAAAUGUGCAAUCAUUUAGUUAAACAUAUGCAUUCUAAUUGAAUGUAAUUGUAGAUAAUGUAAAUAUGUAUAUCGGUUUUAUUUUAUAACUGAGCCAACAAUGUGUUGGGAAUUAAUAAUUGUCUAAAAGCGAUUCGUACUCUUAUGAAAAUAAAAAUAGGAUAAUUAUUAUCAUAAAAAGAAACUAUAAAUCAGCAACAUGUGUAAACCUUAAUAAAAAUUAUGUAUUGAGGUACUUUUUUAAAUAA